AUGAUCACCGUUAACCCGGAAUACGACUAUCUCUCUCCAAGCUGCUCCUCAUCGGCGACUCGGGUGUCGGAAAAUCCUGUUUGCUGCUUAGGUUUGCCGAUGAUACGUACACCGAGAGCUACAUUUCCACAAUUGGUGUUGAUUUCAAAAUUCGAACUACUCGAACUUGACGGGAAGACGAUUAAGCUCCAGAUUUGGGACACAGCCGGCCAGGAGCGUUUCCGCACCAUCACCUCCAGCUACUACCGUGGCGCCCACGGCAUCAUUGUGUCUAUGAUAUUACGGAUCAGGAAUCCUUCAACAACGUCAAGCAGUGGCUGCAAGAAAUUGACCGGUACGCGUGCGAGAACGGAAUAUGCCGACCAAUUGUCCAUUCCCUUCCUCGAGACGUCAGCCAAGUCGAGCACGAAUGUAGAGCAGGCUUUCCUGACGAUGGCUUCCGAGAUCAAGACUAGGAUGGGGCCGAUGCAGAAUGCAGGAGGCCAACCCUCAGUGCGUAUCACCGGUUCGCAGCCGGUGCAGGACAAGAAAGCGGGUGGCUGCUGU